AUGGACCUGCAUGAGAGGCAAUGCAGAGGGUGGAAAGGGAAGCUGGGUGGGGGAAAAACCAUGCACGCAACUGAUGGAUCCAGACUAGAAGAAAGAGGAGCAGCGCAGGGAGGUGCAACAAGGAGGAGGAGGAGGAGGAGGAGGAGGAGGAGGAGGAGGAGGAGGAGGAGGAGGAGGAGGAGGAGUAGGAGGAAGAUGAGGAGGAGGAGGAGGAGAAGGAGGAGGAGGAGGAGGAGGAGGUGGAGGAGGAAGAGAAGGAGGAGGAGGCGGGGGAGGAGGAGGAGGAGGAGGAGGAGGUGGAGGAGGAGGUGGAGGAGGAGGAGGAGGUGGAGGAGAAGGAGGAGGAGGAGGAGAAGGAGAAGGAGGAGGAGGAGGGUAAGGAGGAGGUUUACGAUUUACAAAAGAGAAGAUGGGAGGUACAGGAAUCUGCCGGAAUCUCACCACCUCCCUUCAUCCCUUGCCGCUCUCUCUCAGACCUCUACUCAUAGCUGCUGUCCUCUCUCUAGGUUUCCAGUUCUCCCUGUGUUACCUUUGUCCCUGCCUGUUAUCCUUCCUCUCCCAUCUCUUGAUCUCCACUCCUCUCUCCAGUCGUUGCUCACUUUGAUGCUCUCACUAUGUGAUAAGCUCUAG